AACAGGGUGAAAUAAUCCAGAGCUCCAGGAGGAAUGCAUGGAACACAUGAAUGAAUGAUUUCGUGAUUUGGCUCUCUUCUCCUGUAGACUCCCAGAGUCUGGGCCUCUAUUGUCAAUCUCCAGUGUCAUCCACAGAAUGUCUGGGCUCUUGUUCAUUUUCUGCAUCUAUGGCCUGGGUACAUCAGCCUCCAGUACUCAGCUCAGGAAAAGUACAGAGAAGUGCCAAGACCUCAUCAGGCAUCCCAAACAUUACCUGCAGCUGGAAGGAGAACCUGCUGUACUAAGAUGUUCUUAUUUGAGAUAUCAGAAGUUGAACUCCUCCAAAUUCCACUUUAACAUAACAUGGCAUAAAAAUGAUUCUGGAAGGACAAUUCCAGAAAAACGAGAACAGACAAGAAUCUGGGCUGAAGGAGAGUCUCUCUGGAUUUUGCCAGCAUCAUUGGAGGAUUCUGGAAGUUAUAUUUGCACUGUGAGGAAUUCCUCUUACUGUGUCCAAAUGUCCAUCCAGCUAACAGUAUAUGACAAGGCCAAUGCCUCCUUGCCAUUCAAUUCAUACAAACAAUUUCUGUUCACUUCAACUUCUGGAAAGCUUGUAUGUCCUGAACUGAGGAAUUUUAUCUCCAAAGACACUGCCCUGGAGAUGAACUGGUACAAGGAUUCUGUGCUUUUGGACAAAAACAGUGAGAAUUUCACAGUCAUGAAAGGAUCCCCCUUCCUCCUCAUAAAGCAUAUUUCUUUGGGAGACUCAGGCUAUUACAUCUGUGAAAUGAUUUUCACCCAUGAAGGCAAGAAAUACAACAUCACCCGAAGAAUUGAAUUACAAGUUAUUGAAAAGAAGAAGGACACUGUUCCGGUGAUUGUGUAUCCGAAUCAGGAGACCAUAUUAACGGCGCUUGGUUCAAAACUGAUAAUCCCCUGUAAAGUAUUUCUUGGAUUAGGUGAACAAUCCUCUACAUGGCUGAGGUGGACGUCAAACAACAGCCUAGUAACCAAUGUCUACAAAGAAGGCCGUGUGUCAGAAGGAGAGCGCCUGGAAUUUUCAGAAAAUAAUGAAAACUACAUUGAGGUGCCACUGAUAUUUGACCCAGUCAUAAAAGAGGAUAUGUACACAGAUUUUAAAUGUUUGGCUCACAACACAGUUGGCUCUCAAAUGCUGCUAGCUAAAGUCGGAGAAGCACCCACUUUCUCCUGGUGGAUUGCGAUGGCUCCAGUCUUGCUGAUCUUCUUUGUACUUGGGUGCAUUUGGAUGCACAGAUGUUGGAAACAGAGAGCUGGAAAAGCGUAUGUCCUGACCCAUUCAGAAAUGCUCAGAAAUGAGGAUGAACCCUCCACACCCUAAAAGAAGAAAAUA